GCCCGCUCCCGGGGUUGCCCCUCCCUGCGGGCCGCGUGUGAAUCAGGAACCCCGCGUCACCCCUUUCCAGUACCCCCACCCCAGUCCUGCUCGGCCGACCCUGGGUCCAAGUCAAGUACCCCCACCCCCAAUUCUGGAAGGGAAAUCCUGCUUUUCGAAGCCUGAAGCCUCCCGAUGGCAGAGGGAGGAAGACAAGAGCAGCAGAGUGGUGGACUCAGCAAAGCUGGUUCCCAUCGCCUCAACGGGGGGGCUGCCAUGUGUCCCCCCAGAGUCAGGGUCUCUGCUGUCCCUCCACUGUGUCCCCAGUAGGCAUGCCUCCGGCUCACAAGUGUACCCAGGCUGUGCUCAACGCCGACGGGCUCAAAGAGGAUGAUGUGACCAUACGGCUAGACAGGAGGGAAAAGGCAGCUGCCAGUGGCUUGCCUCAUAGGCACUGGGACCUGGCCCACGGGACGAGAGGGGACACCGCGGCCAUCAGUACUGCAGGCCGGGCCAUGGACCCGCACGAGAUGGUCGUCAAGAACCCAUAUGCCCAUGUCAGCAUCCCUCGGGCUCACCUGCGGCCUGAUCUGGGGCAGCAGCUGGAGAUGGCUCCCUCUUCCCAGGGGUCACAGCCUCUGCCUGUGGCUGUGGAUUCCUGCACCUUGGAGCCUGCCCGGCUCCUGCAACCCACCGAGGAUGCCCCAGGGAGUAAGGGGGCCAAGGGGGCCAAGGGAGCCGCCCAGAUCCAGGGCCAACAGACCUGGCAGCAGCCCUGCAACCCCUACGGCAGCGGGCGGCGCGAGGCAGGACUGACCUACGCCGGCCUGCCGCCCGUCGGGCGCGGGGACGACAUCGCCCACCACUGCUGCUGCUGCCCUUGCUGCUCCUGCUGCCACUGCCCUCGCUUCUGCCGCUGCCACAGCUGCUGCUGCGUCGUCUCCUAGUCCGGCCCCGCCGGGCUGAGCGGCCUGCGGCAGGACCCAACGUGGCUCAGUGGCCACCACAGUGCCCGCAUAUUUGGGCCAGCCACUGGACCAUUGUCACGGGGCAUUGGCCACCUUCCACCCUGGGUAGGAGCAUCUACCUGCCAAGGAGGCCAACAGCCCAGCUCUGGCUCCUGGAAAUAGCCCUGGGCACUGGCUGCCAUGGUGGCCCUGGGGACGCCCUUGACCACCUCCCUCAGGGCCCAUGGCCCUGGCAAUAAAGCAGAGUGACCUCUG